GUCUUCAGACAGAUGCUUAGGUUACGGCAGAACAUUGAACCAAUUUUACAAUUGCAUGCAAUUGGGAAACUGAGGUUUCAGUCGCUAGGCAUAUUUACUCUGCCAUUUUUAUGGAUAUGACAAGCACUGCUUUCGUCACAUUUAAAUGCUUUUAAGAUUUUUUCAUCACCUUUUCACUAAGAAUGGAACACACCUGGAUCGUCCAAAACUGAACUCGGCUUUAACACUGCGGUUCAGAUUGGAGACGGAGCCAGAAAGGUUCUUUUGUGUGCUUCACUCAAAGAGGAAUCUGUUUUCCCCAUCAUCUCUCUGUGUCACUGGAUUUAUUCUCGAUUCACUGUGGCAGACCGUCUGCGCGGUUCGUCUGUGGCUCGUCCAUGCUGGAGGCAUCUUUUCCCAGACGGAAUAAAAACUGCUUUCGGUUGGUGACCUUGGUCGUUUUCUGGUCCUUUUUGCGGUGUUUUAUUGAAUAUCACUGACGAAUCUCCAUGGCUGAAUCUGAUGGUGUAACAAACUGUGUAAUCCAGCGAGGAAGAUCUCAGAGUGACCCGAACAUCCUGACCGAGUCCAGUUUAGAUCACGCACAGAGCACAGGUGUGAUGGAUCAGCAGAGGGCUCUCCAUUCAGGCUGCCUAGUGUCUGGAGUACGGACUCCUCCAAUACGACGGAACAGCAAACUGGCCACCCUGGGACGCAUAUUUAAACCAUGGAAAUGGAGAAAAAAGAAAAAUGAAAAGCUCAAACAAAACUCCACAGCAUUGGAGAGGAAGGUGGCAAUGAUGCAGACCCGGGAUGAACUGGUACGGAAGGAACUGGUGGAGAUAAUGGAGAAAGACUCUGAUGAGAAGAGACUGGCUCUAGCAUCUGGGAUAAACCUUUUUGAUCCUGACCUCUCCACCCAGGACUCUUCAGAUGGAGAAGAGAAGGAUGAUGAUGAGACUGUUGUCAAUCUCAACACCUUGGAAGACAUGUGCUCUGAGGAUGAGCAGCAGUGUGCAGCGAGUGACAAUGAAGAGGACAGUGAAGCCAUGGAGGCAAUAAGCCCUAAUUGUGAGGAGCUGCCAGCACUUCCACCUGCUUCUGAGGAUUCUUCUGAGAAUGAGAAAUGUGCUGAAGAUAAGGACAAUAAUGAAACAGAAAAGAGGGAAGAGGAAGAUGAAGAAGACACCGAAGGCAGCACCCCAGAAGAUUCAAGCCCUACACACACGACAGGCUUGUCUGCAAAGCUACUGAACAAACUAGUUAGCAUCGAAGGCUCUCAGAUUGAAUCAGUGGGGAAGGUCACAUCUCCUCCAGCACUGAGGAAUUCCGUUCUUCCAAAAGAGCAAGACUUUGCAACCAAAUUAUCGGAGUCACACAAUGCCACUCUUCGAGGUCAGCACUCCACACCUACUGGAUCCCCUCAUCUUGGUGUAGUCCAUGUCCCACUGCCCCCCAGUCGAGUUAUUGAGGAACUGCAUCGUGCUCUGGCCACAAAACAUCGGCAGGACAGUUUUCAUGGAAAAGAGGUUAGAGGCUCACCAAAAAGAAGAAAUGAAGGUCGUCUCUCACGAACCUCAAGUGCAGAGGUUCCUAUUGGGGCCACCGGAGACUCUGAGUGUAAAGUCAGUUCAAUAAAAGUCUCAGAUGAAAACAAAGAAAAUGUGAGAGUUGAAGAGUGUUGGACAGAUGCCUCUGGACUACCGCACGAUCAGGAUAGCUGGAACGAGUCUGUUAUCUCAGGAACAUUACCCCGAAAGAUGCGUAAGGAGUUGCUUGCUGUAAAAUUGCGGAACCGGCCUAGCAAGCAAGAGCUGGAGGACCGUAACAUUUUUCCAGUCCGUAGUGAUGAGGAGCGGCAAGAGAUUCGUCAACAGAUCGAGAUGAAACUGUCAAAGAGGCUGAGCCAGCGGCCGGCGGUGGAGGAACUGGAGAGCCGGAAUAUCUUGAAACAGAGAAAUGAUCAGACAGAGCAGGAAGAAAGAAGAGAAAUUAAACAGCGACUGAACAGGAAGCUUAAUCAGCGUCCAACAGUUGAUGAGCUGCGGGAUCGAAAAAUCCUCAUCCGCUUUAGCGACUACGUUGAGGUAGCCAAAGCUCAGGAUUACGACAGACGGGCAGACAAACCCUGGACACGGCUUUCUGCAGCAGAUAAGGCUGCAAUUAGGAAAGAGCUGAACGAGUACAAAAGCAAUGAAAUGGAAGUUCAUGCCUCAAGCAAACAUUUGACAAGGUUUCACAGACCGUAGAAAGUUUUCUUCCAUGAAGAAUUUUCAAAUCUGGUCCUGUCAAUGAAGACCUUGAGUGGAUUCUUCAAGCGUCCCUUCGCCUGAUACCCUAGCAUUACUGCUAACAUUUGGGCGUGCCGAACCAUAGGGGCCAUGCUUCUUUCCCUGGGCAGCAGAGGUGUGCUUUGGGGGUGUGGUGCCCACAAAGGAACUCUUAGAAGAGUGACAACAUGUAUCUGAUGUUUGUCAAGAGAAAUGAGAGAACUGAAACCCAUUUGACUGUUCCUUCAGACUGUAAAAGUGGGCUUCCUAGUUUACUGAACGAGUUGUGCAUGUGGCUAACAAAACCUCCCCUACUUCAGACUUGUAGUCACAACUCGUAGAGAAUGGGGCUCACUGGUUUAAACAAGUGUCAUAUCAGCUAUCUAAAUUUCAGAUGGGAAUACAUGUCUUAUCACAAACAAAAUGAUCCCUUUGUAAGCACUAUUUAUUGUCUGCACAAUACAAGUUUCAUUUUUUUAUUAAAAAAGGUCUUUGCUUUCUUUGUGAA